UGUCACUAUGACAAACAGGAAGUGUUAAGGAGUUCUUUCUCAAAAUAAAGACUCCAUGAUUGUUCCUCAGUGCGUGGUAACUCGGGAAUGAUGAGACUCCUGCUCCUUCCAUUCCUCCAAGUGGCACUAGUUCAAUCCCUCAGCGAAGUCUCAGGUUAUGUUGGGGAAAACAUUACCUUAACGUCAGGAGUCGACCCAUCAUGGGAACUUGCUACAAUUGACUGGUCAGUAUUCCCAAACAACACUUGGAUUGCCACCUAUCGCAGUGGGAAGGCAAAUAUUGAACGACUCCAUCGGUACACAGGGAGACUCAGUCUCAACAUCUCCUCAGGUGACUUGACGAUUUAUAAUUUGACCCCAGAGGAUGCCAUGGAAUACACUGUAGACCUCUUAAACUCUAAAGCACAGGACAAAGUAAACAAGAUCAAGCUGACAGUGAGACCCUCUGCAGAACACCUCCAGAGACCAACCAUACAGACUGUCACCAGUACAUCUGCAGAAGGAGGCUGUUGGAUCGGCCUGCAUUGUUCCUCAACAGAUCAAGGUGUUGGCUUCGCCUGGCAGAUUAAUCCUCCCAGUGUGACUGUUUUCAGAAUGAGUAAUCCUGAUGGAAACUCUGCAGCUCUUUUAGCAUUUCUCAACACCACACAGAACCCAGUCCAAUUCACCUGCACCUCCAGCAGGCAGAUGGAGAGCACCUCAAGUGUCGUCACUCAUAACUGUGAUGAUGACAAGCCUCAGCCUCCUGAACCUAAGCUACUUCCUCAGCUCAGAUGUAGAUAUGUUUUGGUUUUUUUCAUAGGAUGCUUUCUGGGAAUUUCACUUACAGCAAUUACUUUUUACAUUUUUAAAGGUAAGAGGAGACAAUCAACACUGUAGGAAAAAAUCUUUGUCGUUCUUACUCCAAACACAUGUCUCGCCUGAGCUUAUUAUAUUAUUUGUUCUGGUGAAGCAUCAGAAUCUACGGAGCUCCUGAGGGGACAUGGGCAAAAACAAAAGACAAAGUAAAGUAGGCUCUUUCUGUCUCCCUCUCUCUUUAUGAGUUUUUCCAUCAGCAGUACGUUUCUUAAAGUCGCUGCGUUUAAUUUUCUCAACUGCGAUUCCAUUUUCAAGUGCGCUGCAUGUGGAUUGUGGUAUCCAAUAUUUGUGCAUUUGACUUAUAACAGUUCAAAAUAGCACUGUAGCAGCAGGACAGAGGGUCAGUGACCUUCUACGGGGAGAGCAGUGAUUGGUGGUUAUGUAGGGACUGAACCCUUCUAUAGACCUCUAACCCCUUGUUUUGUUACCUUGUUGAAGUUCAAUGUUGAUACAGGGAAGUUAUUAUUUUCAAACAGCUUGACUUACUGUCCUUCUGAGUGAAUUGCCCUUAAUAAAAUGAGUGUGACUUUA